AGACUUCCGGUUCGAGCAUCCAUAUUUGUUAUGGAAAAUAUAUCAAUGUUCGAAAGACAUCUUAAAGUAUGCCAUUGAUAGAAAUAGGACAGCAUUUUAAGAAAUGGACUUCAUGUAAAAAAAAGUUAUGCAUCAGAUCUAAUGAAGAAUUUGCAGGCUAUCUGUUAUAUAUAUAUGAAACUUUUGUUGACUCAAAAGACAGAAAAAUUACACAGUCUUCACAUGAUUCUUCCGACAAUGCUGUAACUCAAAAUGAUCCUGUAAAAGAGAAUGCGAUUGAUCCUAAUAUAACAGAUCUUCAAAAAGGUAUGAUCCUAGACUUUGCUGAACCUUGUGAAAUAGAAAUAUGCGAAGAUAUCGAAGGAACAAAUUUAGCUGAAGAUAAUAGUCCCUCUGGUAAUUUAAUCUGUAAUAAUGAAAAUUCAAACGAACAAGAAACAACGGAAUUUGAGAAAAACUUGAAAGAAGAAAAGCAGCUUAAACGUAAACGACCAAAAUCUGAUGGAUUAUGCGCAGAUCAAACCGAAGUUAAAUGUGCAUACUGUGAUUUUAUUGCUUCAAAUCGUAAAGAAUAUUCUCAACAUCGAAUAGAAAAUCAUCCUAAAUCGCAAUUGAGUCGGAUUGUCAAAGAUCCAGUAAUUUGUGACAAGUGUGGCAAAGUCUUACAAAAUAAGUAUAAGUAUUGGGGUCACAAAAGAGCUUGCCAUUCAACGAAAGAAUAUAAAUGUCAACGGAAAGGAUGCAAUUUCAUUACGAGAUCCCAUUCAGGACUAUAUCAACAUGAAAAUUCAGUUCAUGCUGAAAGAAGGCAUUUAUGUAGCCAAUGCGGGAAAUGCUUUAAAAGACCAGAUGCUCUACGAAUUCACGUUCGAACACAUACUGGAGAAAAACCAUAUUCUUGUCCGCAUUGUGACAAAAAAUUCGCUGAUAUGUCAACUAGAACUGAUCAUUUAGUCAGAAAACAUAAAGACCUUGAAGGGCGCAGUAUUUUUUGCGAUGUAUGCCAAAAACCUUUUAGGACUUUGGCAGCGAAGGAGAGACAUCAGGAAAAAAAAUCUUGCGCUAAAAACGGCAUGAAAACGUCUUUAUUAGCUUGCAAAUAUGAUGAUUGCAAUUACUCAACAAGAUACCACAACAGUUUAAGAUACCAUGUAAAAUCAGCUCAUGAAAAAUUAAAAUCUUUUAAAUGUAAAUCGUGUUCUAAGGCUUUCACAUCCAAGCACCAAGUUCUUAGACAUGAAGAAACUCAUGAUAAUAAUAGAGAAAGAUACGAAUGUAAAGAGUGUAAUAAGACCUUUCUUCGAAUCGGUGCCCUUGAGAGGCAUAGGAAACAACAACAUUUGAAGAAUACACCGCACAAAUGUAGAGAAUGUGGUCUUGGGUUUGUUUACCCAUCUCAACUUAAACAACACAUGUACAAACAUAAGGGAAUAAAACCAUAUAAGUGCAGAUUUUGUAGUAGUUUUUUUCAACACGUAGCUACAGCUUGGAGCCACGAGCAUAGAGUUCAUAAAGAGGAAUGGAAGAGAAUUGGUCACACUCUCGGACCUCUAAAACCAGUUGAAGAUGAAGAGGCAGAAGUGAUUACUAUAAGUAAUAUAACUUCAGAAGCAGUAACAACUGUACCAGUUCAAAUUAAUCAAUCAUUAUUGGAGGGAGUUAGUAUUACAAAUAUUUUGAAUCUUGAUCUUGCUGGAAAAUGUCAUAGCGUUUGCGAAAAUACAUUCCCUUUGCACACGUAUGAAAAGGCUACUCAUCUUGUAUGCUGCAAACGAGGAUGUAGACUGUAUUCUGUAAUAGACUUUGUUAAAGAUUCUAAUGAAGAAAAUUCUACUCUAAACAAUUGCCUGUCAGCAUGUAAAGAAGCUUAUCAAGAUAAAGGUGAAAGAGAGGCUUGUACUCUAGGCUGUGCAAAACAGAAGGAGUUUAACAAAAGGGAAAGUGUUAAUGACGAAGAAAUUGGAAGUUACGAAUUCGCAAUUUUCUACCCUGUUACCUAUAUACAUGAUAUGUAUAAAAAUGCGUUUGAUAAGAUGGCUUCGCAUAUACAAAUAUCAUGGACUUAUCUUGCUCAAACUGACGAAUCGGGUAGAACUUUAAUAAUACAAUCUGGUCCCACCUUGGAAUUUGAUCCUGCUAGCUUUGAUAUUAAAACAUCCAAUAUUCUGGAAACAAAUUUGGCUGAAGUCGAUAAAUCUGCAACAGAAGAUAUAAAAAUGUCCCAAUUAAUUAAUUCGCAAGAGACGGAAACUAGUUCUACCCUAUUAAAGGAGAGGGAGGCAACGCUAUUGGCUUGCAUCGCUAGAAAAACAGGCUUAUCUCGUUUGAUAUUAAGCUUAACUCUCUUUCUCUCUGCUGUCUUUAUGCUCUGGUUAUGCUUCAACAGUGCUGCCACAGCCCCAGAACAUAAGAUAAAUCAUCAACUUUCCAUAAAUGGAGAUCUAAAUUAUCUAAAUUCAGUCGAAAAGAAAUAUCUUAAAGAAUACAUGCAAGAAAAGCUACCAAUGGCUGCUCCAUUACCCGUGAAAAUAAAUUUCCAAACGGUAUAA